UGCGUUUGGAUGCGCGGCCAGAGCGUCUCAUCACUAGGCACUGUGUAGGAGAAAGGAUAUCACUGGUAAAAUAAACAUGUAAUAGCGACAAAAAAGGAAUUGCGGACGAUCAAAUACGGCGUAGUAUUGUCUUUUCUGGGUCAGUUAUUUUUUAUAAACCUUUUUGCGGAAUUUUGCUUUCACCCUUUGAAUAACUGGAUUAAUUUAAAAUUAUGAGUUUGAUAUUGUUUUUAACGUUUUCACCAAGGAACGAUUAGAAAGCCGUGACCAAAUUUCCCGUCAGACCACUUUUAACGAAAUGAAUAUGGCAAAAAAUAUUAUAGACGUCCCAAUGGAUGAUUUAAGUAAGAUUUCGGAUGAAGAACUCAUUAAAUGUAGCAAAGAGGAGCUGCUAAGGAGACUCCGAAAAGUUGAUAAUGAAAAGAUGAACUUAAUGUUGGAACAUGGGAACAUGAUGAAGGACGUUAACCGGAGAUUACAAGUGCAUCUCCACGAGAUACGAAGCUUGAAGGAGGUGAACCAGAAGCUGCAAGAAGACAACCAGGAGCUUAGAGAACUGUGCUGUUUCUUAGAUGAUGAUCGGCAAAAAGGGAAGAAGCUGUCUCGGGAAUGGCAGAGAUUUGGCAGGUACACUGCCAGUGUUAUGUGGAAGGAGGUUGGAAUAUUUCAGCAAAAACUGAAAGAUCUAGAGGCCACUCAAGAGAGUGUGCUGAGAGAGAAUAUGGAGUUAAAGGAGAUAAUUGUGAUGUUGGAUGAUGAGAGGAAUGGAGCUGGAUCCAGGAGCUCCAUAGACAGUCAGUCUAGUCUGACCAAUAUGAAUGGAGGUUCCAGUACUGUUAGAGAUAUUGGAGAUGGAAGUAGUACCUCCAGUACGGGUAGUGCUGGAAGCCCAGAUCACCAUCACAGUCAUAUACACAAGCCUUCAGAGGGCAAAAUAGGGUCCAUCAGAAGGUCUAUGGAUGAUCUUUCCACCAACCAUCUACACAGAAGCAUACCGAAUGGACUCAACGAUUCAUCCUCAAACUACAUCCGUCAACUAGAGACUAAAGUGCAGAUUUUAGAAGAUGACAACAAACAAUUAUUAUCCCAGCAGGGGAACGUCGGCGAUCUGAAGACACUUCGGAAAGGGUUGUCCCUUUAUCACUCAGAAUCCCAGCUCUCCUCGCUUUCCCAGUACCAGGACACAUUACAGAAUGGGUCUACACGGAUGCCUGGAGGUGAUCUGCCAACCCCUGUCACAGGCUGCCUGCCAGCAGCACAGAAACCUGAGGCUGUGGUACAUGCCAUGAAAGUGUUGGAGGUCCAUGAGAACCUGGACAGGAAGAUCCCAGAGGACUAUGAGGAGGAUCUCAGUGAGAAAGAGAAAGCCAUUGUCAGAGAGAUGUGUAAUGUGGUGUGGCGUAAGCUCGGUGAUGCGGCAGGAUCCAAACCCUCCAUCCGCCAACAUCUCUCUGGGAACCAGUUCAAAGGCCCUUUGUAGCUCCCAUGCCAAUGACCAGCAGGGCCCAGAACAAACAAACAAAUAUGUGAAAAUGACGAGAGGAACAGACAGUCUAGAAACUUUUGGGAAGAGCCACAAAAGAACUGUGUUCCUACUGCCAGCUCCUCUCAGCUUAUGGCAUUCAGUUGAGACAUUUUAAACCUAUUACCUACAAUAACAGGUGGUAGUAUAUAAUAGGCUAUAUGAUGAUCUCACAAUUAGCACAAGCUAAAUCAUAGAUCUAUUUAUGUGCAUACCAUCCAAGUAUUCAUAAAAGGCAGCUUAAUUAAUUAAUUUAUCAUUGCAGUUAUGGAAAUAAAAGCACACAGCUCUUAGAUCAAUGUCCCAUGGAAACACUCCUACAUGAGAUAACCAUUUUCACUCCUAAAAGCUUUUUGAUUUUGUCAGAAGACCACUCCAUAUUAUUCAUAUCCUCUAUAGAAGUGCUCCUUCAGUGAAAGAAGUACUGUAUAUUUAAGCAGGGUCAUAGCUGCAAAAUUAAAUAUAAUGGUAAACUUCAGAUUGGUUUCAAGUAGUGUCUGGAUGCAAAUUACAUAUUUGCUGCCCAGAAUCCCCGAAAUACAAACUCUGACAUAAUACUAUACUUUUAUAUAAGUAAUAAGUGAAUUCUGCAGCUCAGUAGCUCAGCAGCUCAAUAAUCUUAGUAUAAUAUAAGUAAGCUUAAAGUUAAUUUACCAUUUAAAAGAACAGUUCACACAAAAUAAAAAUUCUUCCAUUAUUGGCAUAAUAAAACCACAAUAAAAGUAAUCACUUAGUGCUGUCAGUCAAUUUUUUUUUUAAAUGCAAUUAAUCGUAUACAUUUUUUGUAGUUAAUUUAGAUUAAUCGCAGAUUUUAAAAGAGCUAAAAUUUGACUCUGAAUAUAGUUCUUUUUCUGUCACAAUUCAUUUAUUUCCUUGUAAAGAAAGAAAACAAAACAACAUAUAACAAUAUAAUGCUGUAUUAAUAUUUUCCAAACAAAGCCUUCCACAGUAUAAAGAUAGAAAUGCUCUAAAAUAGCACCAAUUUAAGUAACAUUAAACAUUUCCCAAAGUCUAAGUGGGAGUUUGACUAAUUGAAAGAACUAGUCCCCACGUAGGAUAAGUGGACAUAAUCAGCCAGCAGACUGUGGCCAUCCACUGUUACAGCAAUUGUGAAGCCACGUUCAUGAUUCACAUCAGGAUGUCAGCGCCAGCAUCGAGUGCUGCUUUGAACUCCACAUGAAAAGCGCUUGCAGACAAAAACGUCUCAUUCUGCAUUUUGAUGAUACUAAAGACUUGACAUGCUUCUGUGGUAAUUAAAUUGCGUCUUACAUUGGCUGAAAAAUAUUAGAUUUCUGUCACAAGUUCCAUCUAGGCUUGUUUUGUACAUCAAAUAGCAUUAAGAGCUCCCCAUCACUGUGUCACUGACACUGAAUCACUGCUGUGUGUGUUUGUGGUGUGUGCAUCAGUGUAAUGAAUCCAGGCGGACACAUCGCAAAGGUUCCGCCCUUCCAACAAGUGUUUCUGCUGGUUUCUGCUGUAUUAACAGUAAAUGCGUUAAUCGCGACUGAGAAAAAUUUAUGCGUUAAACAUUUUAAAUGAAUCACAUGUGGUAAUGCGGUAAUUGUUUUGCAGCUCUAUACAAAUAAACGUAAUCGAUCAAACUAAUUUCACACAUUUUGUAAUGAAAAGCGCUGAGAAACAAUGAGGUUUGAUAUAAUUGUCAUAGCCGCCAUAUUUGAUUUAAGAGGCUUAUUAAUGCUUUGAUUUGAAAGUGAAUAAAUUACAUUUUAUUCUAUUCUUUGUACAAUGUGAUCAUAUCGCUUCAGAGGACUUAGGGAAUAUACAGUAGUGCAUGAGUUUACAAAUUCAUUUAUUUUUUGUCCUUUUUCGAGCUUGACAGACCGGAGCCUGUAUUAUCUUGCAUUAUGGCAAAUAAAGCCGGUGAAGACUUUGACGUGUUCCAUGAAAGAAAUAGUAAAUACAUGACAGAAGUUUCAUUUUUGAGUGAACUAUUCCUUUCAAUCAUUUUGUCCAAACAAUCCUUAUAAAUGUCAUAUAGCGCAAACCUUCAGGUCACAGAGUUACAAGGCAUACUGUAUUACUAAAAGUUCUAUAAAUCCCAAAUUGACAAUUGUAAUUAAUUGAAGGUGCUGUCAGUGCCCUCAUUUGUGUCUUUGUGGUCUUCAUAUAAAAGAGAAUGGAUUCUCUGUCAAAAUUCUUUAUGUCAAGCCCUUUAUUUUUUAAGAUGGCCCAAUAUAGUACUCUUUACUGAAAAUGAGACCUGCAGUCACUGUCAACUGUAUACAGUCCUUAAUUAAAAGUGCAGUUAAAUCUGUAUGAGGUGUACAGAUUAAUAUUAAAAGAACUGGAACUCUUAUACUUAGUGCACAGCUGAACAUCUAGAUACAGCAUUGAUUAGGUUGCAAUAGAUUGACAGUUUUGUUCAGUGGUAAAUUAAGUUUACUACAGUCUUGACAGUAUGUGAGUAUUGCAUAUUUUCAAUUCAGCCUGGAAUAACAUUACUAAUUCCAGCUUGCAGUAAAAGGUCUCUUCAGUACAGUAUUUCUGAAAGCAUUUAGUAUGUGAUGAAACUUUAACACAGUAAAUGUUAAUGACUUUGUCAGCGAUUGGACCAUGUAAAAUACCUUAGCCAAUCAAUUCUUCUUUACCCUUGUAUCCAGCUUAAAAUUUCUAUGCAUACUAAAUUCUUUAUUAAAUCAGGCAAUAUGUGCUGAUAAUUACUGAAUAAAUUGUGAGAAAAGUUCGGUAUGAGGUUUGCAUUAUUAAUCAUAGGGUUCUUUUUCUGAGAUUUUGUGAAAUGUCUAAUUCUGCUCCACAGGCCUAGUUCAUGAGACUUUCUAUCGGGUAACAUCUUUUUGUAUACAGUAUGUAUAUGAGAUAUAGCAAAGUCUUGAAUGUUUCAGGUCUAUAUACAGCCUAUAUUAGUCUUGUGAAUGGAAGGCUUCUAGUUGAGUGAGAACAGUAAAUGAGGUGUCUUUGAGUUUUGUGUGAUACAAGUCAGAUCCAAUUUCUGUGUAUGCAAGAACUGCCUCAAAAGAUACUUGCUGCAUUCACACAAAAGCUCUUUUUUGAAAAUCAGUGACCCGAUAAGUCAUAAUUUUGUAUUGUUUUGUUGAAAUCAAAGCUAUUUUGAGCAUUUUAGAAAUUCCUCGACCGAACUAGUUAUUUUUGUAUUAAACUUUUAUGUGCGGAAAUUGUAUAUUUAUGAGAGCACUUUCGUGGUGCUAGUUGAAAUCACAUUCGUAUUGAAUGGUUUUGUUCACCUUGGAUGCAGCAGGUGGCUUUUGGCAGUGUGUUAACUUUUUUUUUUUUUUUUUUUUU